CAUUCCAUUCUGAGCCAUACAAGCCAUAUCCCAAUGAACACACAUCCUUUAGCUUCCACUCCAAAUCACGUUAGCCAACCGCUCCUGCCUUCCUCCACCGCAACGAGUUCAAUAUCAAAUCUAGCACCCAGUAUAAAACAGACCGGUUUGUCCUUACCUCCUCAUUCCCUUCCUAUAGUGCCAUCGGUGACGCAUCAGCCACAGCACAUGGACACUUCUCCGGUUUCCUCAGCGCCGGCUAUAGUUGUAUCGAGCCACAGUUUAAGUCACUCGCUACCGCCUCCGGUGGUAGAUACAAGACAAGCAAUAUCGUCUACGGAACUUCCAACUAGAUCGGAUAGUGUAGCGGUGGUCAGCUCGUCGUUAGCACCAAAUGGCUACCCUCCUGCUGCUGUGUAUUCCAAUGCGUAUCCGACUUUAUACGCACCGUAUGCGCCAACUCUACAGCACAGUCCGUAUCUGCCACCAUCUGCAGCGUCACCUAGAAACACCACUGACACGAGGACAAGCCUAGCCGCAUCUCCUCUGGUAGCUCCGAAAACUCCUAAGGGUGUGCGUCCACACACCCCCGGAUCGCUAGGCGCGGCUGGAGUGCACGCACCCUUAUCCUACUCUCCUAGGACGCAAAGUCCUAGCCGGGAGCGCGAGAGUUUCAGCAACAUAAGCAGCCUGUCGCGCAGCACGCCCGCGUCGGCGGCGAGCGUGUCGGCGCCGUCGCUGGUGCCCACGCUGCCGGCGCCGCUGCCCGCGCCGCUCGCCGCCCCGCUGCCGGCGCCGCUCGCUGCGCCGCUACCCGGUCCCGUAUCCACUCUGAGCGGCCCGGUCGGUCCCGUGGGGCUAGCGCCGCCGGUGGGGCUGGGAAUGGGCCCGCUGGCCACGCUGGCCACGCCCACGCCCACAGCGCCCGCGCCUGCGCCGCACCUGGCGCAUUCCCUGGCGCCCGUGCCCACUGUACCCAGCAUCAGCUCGAGCGCCAAGCCGCCCGCGCACUGGGGGGUAACCAGGCCCACGGGUGCGGACCGCGGCGCGGCGUUCGCGCCGGCGCCGCCGCUGUUCGGCGCUCCGCUCGCGCCCAACCCCAGCCCAUUCUCUGCGGAGUCGCUCUUCCAAACCAGCCCGGGCGCGGACCUGCUGCGGCGCGAGCUCGACAGCCGGUUCCUGGCGGCGGCGGGCGCGGUCGGCGUGCGCACCGAGCUGCACCACCACCAGCACCAGCACACGCACGUGCACCAGCACCCGCACGCGCACCACCCGCACCAGCUGCUCUUCAAAGACGUGAACAAGAUGUCAUCACUGUACCGCACUGGUUUGAACCUGUACCCGUACUCUUCGGGUCUGCUACACCCCUCGGCGCCAUACGUACCUCCCGCCCCGCUCACCACUUAUGCACCUAAGCCCAUAGUGUCAUCUUCAAGCGAGUCCGCCCCUAAACCACCACCACGCCCUGCUGUCGCGAAAACCGGUAAAUGGAACGCGAUGCACGUCCGCAUCGCCUGGGAGAUCUACAACCACCAGCAGAAGGAGAAGAGCGGUGCGGGCGGCGCGCCUGCGCUCGACAAGGACAAACUGCGCGCCUUCCCCGCGCCCGCCCCGCCGCCGCCCGCCUUCCGCUCGCCCUACGAGCUACCCGCGCCCUACCUGCACCACGCGCCGCUGCCGCUCGUGCGCCACCCCGCGCACCCCGCGCACCCCGCGCGCGCCUACGCGCCGCUCGCGCCCGACCGCGACCUCGGCGUGUCGCCCUUCGCGCGCUACGGCGCCGGCGCCUUCCCCGCGCCCGGCCCCUACCCGCUGCCCUACGGCCGCGACCUGGCGCUCUCCUCGCCGCUGCACGCCGUGCACCACGCCCCGCUCGUGCACGACGCGUGGCGCACGCGCCCGCCCGUCUCCGCCGCCGCCGAGGUGCGGCGCGAGCACGAGGAGCGCGAGCGCGCGCGCCGCGAGCGGGAAGAGCGCGAGCGCCGCGAANNNNACGAGCGGGAGCGGCGCAAGGCGCGCGAGCGCGAGCGUGACCUGGAGCGCGCUCGCACGCGCUCGCCGCUGCGCAACGGCGCGCCGGACGUCAAGGAUGAGCGCAAGCCGCCGCCGGCGCUGGCCGCCUACCCGCCGCCGCACUGGGACCCCUACCGCUCGUUCGACCUGCAGCACAUGCGGUUCGCGCCGCUCGUGGAGGCCGCCAUCCGCGCGGAGGAGGACCGCGCCAAGAUGCUGAGCGCGUACGCGCACCACCAGCAGAUGAAGGCGGGCCCGCUGCUGCCGCACCGCGUGGCGCACGGGCUGGCGCCGCCGCUGGCCCCGCUGGCCCCGCCGCUGGCCCCGCUGGCGCCGCCGCUGGCCCCGCUAGCGCCGCUCGACCUGCUCAAGAAGGAGGAGCCGCGAUGAUAGCGGCCCCUCGCUCCCGACGUGUAAAUAACGUAGCGCGAACGAGAGUAUGAUUUGACGUAUCGUUUGGUAUUAUCGGUUUAGAGAAUUAUUUAUUGUAACGUCGCUUUAACGUCGCGCCGGUGUCCCUAAUGUAUAUACGAGGGGGCGGAGGUCCGGCCCGCGAGUGCAAUAUAGGACGAGAUCUCGGACGCCGGCCGUACACUACUGCUUGUUUAUUUACAUGAAAAUAUCUAACGAGUUGUUAUUGUGUCACCAACAUUAGUUAAUUAUACAUCGCUGGUUAUGUGAAGAUAGAUAGGAUUAACGGAAUCGCUAUCGAUAUAAUUAUACAUAUUUAUAUAUACUUAUAAAUAAAAUGUAAAUAUUAGAUUGUAAAUUAGUAAUUAAAAUAUAGAAUCGGUUUAUUUAACGUCAUACAAAGGAAAAAAAUCCCAUAAAUUAUUAUUGUAUCGGGAGUUUAAUUUAUACUUCCGUUAAAAAUCUCAAAAUGGAUUUUCAAUUGUACCAGUGGAGGUUUAUUUAUUUAUUUAUGAUGUACUCCUUUCUUCCGAGGUUGUUAACAAUCCACACGGCGACUUCUGUUGUACGAACAGUUGAUUCUUUCAAUGCAUUUAAAAUAUGUGAUAUUAUUGUAUUGUGAAAUGCGUUUUGUCUGACUUCAGAGUAGUGUCUGUUUGCAGGUAGAUAAUGAUAUUACAUUUACAUUCAAAUCGUGUUACCUUCUUCCUUAAAUUAUUUUCUAGUAGAUUUCUGUGGACAAAUAUCAAGCUGAUGAUGCUUCCGUGAAAUGUUUUAUUGUACUCGACAUGUGCCAUUUUUGUGAAUGUUGUCAGACAAAAUUAAAAAAAAAUGAUAAUCUGUUUUAGGGCACAUUUUGAUAAUAAUGUUCUCAUUGUUUCUUUAAGAGUAAAUCAGAAAUGUAUUAUAGUUUAUACAAAAUCAUUCUGUAUACUAAAAAGUAAAUGAAAGCUUGGUGCGAUUCAGAAAAUACCAUUAAAACUUUUGAUUUUUAUACCAA